ACUUCGGUCUUAGAAAAACGCCUGAAGCAGUAUGGCUAUCAGUCACGACCCCAAAGUUGGCCCUGCACCUACGGCUUUCAAUGGAUGCACCGACGAACAGAAGUACAGUAUUCAGGCCGAGGCGGCCCGCAUCUUCAAUUUGAUUCUGAAUGAUGGGCGACUGAACGCUCCCUUGGAGGUCAAAAAAUUGGCAUCAACUGUCCGCUUUGUGGGCGAGGAGACGCAACCGUUUUACCCGGCCCCGUUUAAAGCAGCAGAGGCUCAGGCCGCAUUAUGCGGCUAUCUUGGACUGUUCGCCAGUGCCAUCUCAAAGGCUCGAUAUGGAAUUGAACAGGAGGUCGAAGUCGAUGUGGCUCAUGCUAUGGUCUGCGGCCUCGGAGCAUUAUUUGUGCGAAGCAAUGGCGCAUGGCUUGCUGGCACCGAUCAGAUGAAGGCAGCUGUUGGACGCUGGGACCACGGUCGCACGCGAGAGCUCUACCGUCAAGUGGCAACUAACAUUUACAAGACGAAAGACGGACGGUGGUACUCUUUGCAUGGGAACAUGGACCCAACUCCCUUGCUCAACAUGCUCAAUGUACCUCAACACAACGAAAAGAACCUCUCAUGGCCAGAAAUCUUGCAAAUGUACAUGGACAUCGUGGCCCAGCAUGAUUCGAGGACUCUUGAUGACUGGAGUAAUAAUAUUUAUCGAGUGCCGGGCACAAUCUGCUACGAAGAGAAUGAGUUCCUGGUUACUGCUCACGGGCAAGCUGUCAAGGACGAACCAUACUACAACCUGAUCAAGGAUCCUUACGCGAAGCAAGCUCCUGUGACUUGGGACAGCGUUCCUUCGCCACAGACAGACAAGCGUCCAUUAUCUGGCUUCAAGGUGUUAGAGUUGGCGAGAGCCAUCGCCGCACCCACUAUUGGUCGUAUCUGUGCUGCUCUAGGCGCAACUGUAAUUCGAGUCAGUAGUGCCACCAACACCGAACUACCGAUCACACUACUCGACGGCUGUAUUGGAAAAAUCAGCGUUGAUAUCAACCUUAAGACGUUCGAGGGUCGCAAGAAGUUACUAGAACUGAUCAAAGAGGCCGACGUGUUCAUAGACGGCUACCGACCUUCUGUGAUGGAACAUCUAGGCUUCGGAAGAGACGCCGUGCUUGGUCUCGUGGCGGACCGCGAUAGAGGUAUCAUCUACUGUCAGGAGAAUUGUUAUGGCUGGAAAGGUCCAUGGACGAUCCGCCCUGGUUGGGCGCAAAUUGCCGACACGGUAAGUGCUGACUUUGAAAACCAGCAUUCUAAUUCUUGGAGAAGGUCGAUUUCUAAUUAUUGUUACAGUUGACGGGCAUCGGGUUGGCUGUUGGUCGUUUCAACGGGUUUGACGAAGCUCACAUUUUCCCUGGCCCCAACGCGGACUAUCUGUAAGCCUCACUUGCCUUUCGCGAUAUUGCAAACGACUCGACUGUACAUCUGAGGCCAUUCAUCGCUAACUGAGAACAGAACGGGUCACGCGGGAGCGUGCGGAGUGCUACAUGCCAUCCUCCAAAGAUCGAAAGUCGGCGGUUCAUACACAGUUCAGUGCGCUCUAACAACAUCCAAUCUUCAGUUGCUGUCCUAUGGGAAAUACACCGAGGCACAACUUGAGAAGCUCAAGGCUCGCAAUCCCGAGUUGAUCGGCCACAUGCGACACUAUGACGAGAUCGUCUCACACCAAGCCAACCGACACGUUGUCCGCGGUGUCAUCGCAGACCGGGGAUUUGAGAAAGCCAUUCGAAAGGAGAAUUACCAAGUCAUUGACGGUGCGCCUUGGGGCUGGGAUGAUGUGGAAGUUGUCAAAGCACCCUUUUCAUUGACCAAGACCUCAACCAGCUUUCCUCUUGGGGCGCAUCCACCAGGAUACCAUCUGCCCCAAUGGACAGCUGCCAAAAACCCCGAUUUCGACCCCAUUCCCAGCUGGAAGACGACGAAAAUCGGUCAGAAUGGAACGUCUUGAUGGGUUUAUUGGUUCUUGACUUCUUCGAGUUAGCUUUUAUGUACAAUGAAAAGAGCUACCGGGGACUCUAUAGUGCAGAUCAAAUGUUGAAAUUCCGGCCGCAGCACCAUUCUAGACAUAGCGUCGUUUGCUCAACCAUUGCUUAUACC